GGGAUAACGUGCUAACCGGGAUGUACAAAAGGAUUGCCUCAUUUGCUAGAAUCCGUUGAAUUCAUAUUCUUUCCAUAUUGCUUUACUUGUAUUCUGCUGAAAGUAACAAUUCCUCCUGUCUGAGAAAUGUUUCGUAAUAACAGCUCGUUUGUUGUUAGUCCUGGAUCAUUAAUUCUCCAUGACCCGCUUCAUUAUGCCUUAUACUUAGCGGUAACGGUGUUUGUCUGCUCGCUCGGUACCAUCCUUUCCUUUCUUCUUCUAACCGCCAUGAUCAAAGAGCGCAAGUUGUUCCACGGAUCCCGGUUACUAAUAAUCAGCCAGAUUCUAACAGAACUCCAGGAAUUUUUCAUCCACCUACCGCUCACCUUAACCGGGACCCUGAUUGCGGAAAUCGAAGCACGAACGGUCUUCCACCAGUUGACCUUUUGCCAGUAUGCCUUGUUUUUUAAUUUGACGGUUCUGUGCGCCAGCAUCUGGGGCCUUUGUAUUCUGGCGGUAAAUCGUUUUAUGGCGAUAACCUUUACCAAACCAAUGCUGUAUAAAAGAUUUUCAUCGUGGAAAGCACAGCUCCUCCAGUUACUCUUUGUCUACAUGCUGACAAUCGGUUUGCAUGUGACCUAUCUCUUUCCGGGCCUCGAGGCGUCGGUGGCCAUCGAUCCGGUGAAGAUAUGCGGGACAAUGCGGUUAGGAAGUCUGUACACCGUGGAAACCGUUGUAGGAAAAAUACUUCCGAUCUGCCUCACCAUUGUAGUGUACUUGGUCCUUUUUGUGGCCAUUAUAAGAAAGAAACAGCGGCGGCAAGUGCGUGUAGGUGACAAUGUAAACAAAACCUCAAAUAACGUUCUGCGCAAGCGAAUGGCUAUGGCCAAGCUGCUUGGUGCGACGGCUAUAGUACAUGGCGUCACAUAUCUCGUCUAUCCGGUUUAUGCCUGGAUGGUGCCGGUUCCGGAACGCAAUGCCAUGUUGACCUUGUGGUUGAGGUUAUCUUUUCAUGCUGGUCAGUUAUCCACGACUAUAUUUUUUCUGGCGAUGAGCAGCGAUUGCCGGAGAGCUGUGCGGCGGCUGUUUCGAUGCAACAGAGUUACAGAACGAUCAAAUGUUAACACACUUUCGACUCCACAGGCUUAACGGCGUCUGGGGACUGCAUAAAGGAAAAUAAUUGGUAUACAGGAAUGGUGCAUUUCGUGCGGGCACCUAAUUGUUUCUAGUAGACCAAUGACGUCAUGGAUUGUUGUUCGGAC